CUGGGCCACUCUAGGCUCUGCUUGUGCUUGCUGCUAAAAUUUUAAUUUCUUGUCUCCAAUUUUAAGACACGCAGUAGCUAUGGAAAUGGAGCAGAAUGACACGCCAGGGGAACCUGAACCACCACAGAGCAACCAUGGGAAAGAAGACCUCACGAUCUCGUCCAGCAAUAGCAGCAGAAGAAGUGAAGUCAGUUUCUUAGAGACAUGCUGUUCACUUCACGAGAUUAUGAGCUCUGACCUAACCGCUUUGGAUUUUAAAUGGAGCCUCUUUGUGUCUGCUGCGAGCAGUUACAAAUUUGACUCUUGUCUCAGGCCAUUCCCUAGCCAGUUUAUUAAGGAUGGUGAAAAAGAUAUUGAUGCUGUGAGAAAUAUUAUCAAAGAAAUGCCACCUCUCAUAAAAUUAUUGGAGCAACUGAAGAGUGGCACCUGCCAGAAGGAGACAGUUGAAUUAUUGUCUUGGAUUCUGAGUCAGGAACCUAAACUGGUUACCGUCCCCAAGAAUAAGCACAAAGAAGUUCUUGGCCUUGCACCUUCAGGAAUGACUGCCAAAGAACCAAACUUGAUUAUUGAGGUAAAGGGUCGGCCAAACGACGAACGGUGGGAGCAGAGCUGCUCCCAAUAUAAAACUAUGAAUGCCUACCAUGGCAGCAAACUAGAAAACUUCCACUCCAUCCUUAGAUACGGGCUUCAGCAGCACAUGAACACUACUGCGUUGUUUGGAGCUGGGAUUUACUUGUCGAGUGAGCUGGGAGUCAGUUUGCAUUACAGCAAGACAGGGAUCACAUGGACCGGCAGCGUCUUGGGAAAUAAAGUCAGUUGUGUUGCUUUGUGCAAGGUGCUCAACCACCCUGAUGUCAAGUGCCAGCAAGGUGGUUCUCCUGAGGAAGUUAGGAGCAGGUCUACAAGCAGCGACAGCUUGGCAGGGGCGAUUCCCAAAAAAUAUGUUCUUGUGCGGAACAGCGAACAUGUCAGGGUGUGCUACAUAUUGGUCUAUUGCAAACCAAUGUCUAGAGCUGAGUCAGCGGUCGAUUCGACGCUGAAUUGGUUCAUCAGGAACAAAUUUAUCAUCCUCCUUCUGGCGUAUAUUUUCCUUCUCGUGGCCAUUGGCAUCAGUAAUAACCAUUCAAUCAAAAGAUUCAUCAAGCGCGCUCUAAAAAGGUAUCUGUCGUGAACAUGUUCCUAUUUUUCAAUUUUACCUCCAACUUCUGUAAGCUACAAGCAUUUUUUCUGGUCACUUAAAACCAAAGAUAAUGUGAAUUUUACCUAUUGCAAGCAUUUAAUUUCUAAAUGUGAGUGAAAGCGUUAAAAUACUUGUCUUCAAGCUUUUAUCAAGAGGAGUUGAAUUUGAAUAGCACUUGUAUUGGAACUGAAAAUAUUUUUCUAUUUCAUAUUAUAAAAAAUCUCCCCUAGAAAAGAUCCGACGAAUAUUCCGCAUUUUUUCCUGCAAAAUACUUUAAGGAUUAGUAAAUAAAAAGAGAUUUGAUAUGGU